UCCCAAUAGUUAGACAGAUAUUGUAAAAUUCUGAAGAAUUUUAUGAUUUCUGAGCUUCCUAGGGCUGGAUAAGAGAGGUUUACCAGAACUACAGCAUCGUUUAUUAUGAUAAUAUAAGCAAAGCCAUCACUAUCCAGCAUCUAGACGUCUGGAUUUAGAAAAAUAUAUCAUAAGAUUUAUAAAAUAAGGCAACAAGAAAACCAAAGGAUUCAGUUGCAAAGAAUCCUAACAAGGAAAACUCUUAAUGAUGCCUGAAAUGGAAGAGCAAUGUUAAACAUUUUGGCUUUUGAUUUUCAUAUUUUGAAGAGUUAAUAUUUCCGAACAAGUUCUUCUUCAAUAACAUACAAUUCUGUUUAGGUGCCAACACAUUGAGUUUUCAUCAGUUCAAUUAGAAUCUUAAUGAAAAUGUCUCAAUUGUUAUCAGAAGACUGAUUAAUUGACUAAUUUUCUGUUAAAAAUUAUUUGAACCGAAGUUUAUGAAUAAAAAUAAGGUCUAUAAUAUGUUACAAACUGUAUACUAAUUUCAAAAUCUUAGAGUAGCCGUCUGUUCAAAAUGGGUUGAUUUUUAUAGCUGGUAGUAUCUUCUGAUCGUAAAGAUAAAUAGACCUACCUUAAAUCGUUGUUAAGGUCUGUUAUACUGUAUUUAUGGCAUUUAAAAUCUGGCAUCUCCCUAUGCUCUUAGCUGAGAUUUGCAUAACUAUAGAGCGGCGUUUUAGGGUAAAAAUUUGAGUUUGUAAUUUAGAAAUUGCACUCCCAAAUCACCCCUUUUGUUUCUUCUCAUAUAAAAUAUUUGGGAUAUAUGACAUCUUGGGUAAAUAAGUGUACCAUUCCUUUUAAAUGAUUAUAGUAUGGGCAUCAAAAGUUAUAAUUCAAACAUUUAUGCUCAAAGAAGCUGAAAAACGUACUAAAAACAACAGCACCUAUGAUUAUAUUUCUUUGCUGAGUGGUUGCUUUAGCAGUGAUUAAAGCUCUCAGACAAAUUAUUUUGCAAUGAAAGCGAGAGAUAAGCUCAAAGAAGACAAAUACAAAAGUCUAGAAUGCUUAAAACCAGAGGUACUCUUAAAUAUACAUUUCCUAAUUCUAAUGAAGCUGUUAGCUUAAAUCUGUCCUUUCUGUAUAAAAUCAGAAGGUGGUGAAUUUCUUUAGGAAGGCUGAUAAUUGGCUAAUCCUUCUUCUAAAAGAAACUUGGGAUGAAAAUACAUAGUUCAAAACCAAAGAAGCAAGAAAAGAAGAGUUCAGAGUCUAAAUUGUCAUAUUUUUACGAAAGUAUAAAGUCUAAGGCGGUAUUUAAGAGGGUUAUCAAAGGAAGAAGAAUGAAAAGUUCAGAGUAUAAUAAAAAAUAGGAAGAGAAAGACUAUUUGCUUGGUGAUCUAAUCGGCAAGUUUAACCUUUAUUCUUAAGACUAAUUAGAAAACCUUUAAAUAGAUAUCUCUGUUGGAUGUUAGAAUUAAUUUUAGAGUAUAAGUAUUCAUCUCACAAAAUUUUAUCAUUCAUUUCAGAUCUUCAUCCAUAUCUUUUGAUAAUAAGAAUGACAAGACUUGAGCUCAUAAAUAAAAAUCUUAAUUUCCACAAUUAAAAUAGAGUGUUUCCAAUAAAUUCUUCCAAAAAUUCACCUAAAAAUGGAAUUUCCAAGAUCCGAGCACAUGAAUAGCCACGGUCUUAACCUAUGGACCCGAAUUAUUAAACCUAACACUGAAUGGACAUCUUAUAAUCCCAGCUUCAUAGGCAACAUCACGCCUAGAGGCUUAGAUAUAAGCAGAAGUGAGUC